AAUAGAUAGUUCCCGCAUGACGUCACACAUCCGGGCGACCGGUUACCAUCCGCCAUUUUGAUAGGAUAACAAAGCGGCUUUCCUGCCGAGUAAUCAGAGCGAGAAAUUCUAUUUUUAACUUGACAAUGGUAGUUUCCUGUUGGGUUCAAGGUUGUUUUAAUACAGCCGGAGAUUCCGUUAAACUUAGCUUUCAUUAUAUUCCUAAAAUUAGAGAGCAUGAGGGGCAGCAAACAAAAGAAUUAAGUACAGAGCGACGGAGGGUUUGGCUAGCGAAUAUCAACAGGAAAGCUCAUCCCACUCCUUCGACAAGGAUAUGUUCAGCGCAUUUUAUAAGCGGAAAACCAGCUGAUCUAUAUGAUAAGUCAAAUCCAGACUGGGCUCCAACAUUACAACUGAGUGACCUUUUGACUCCCACUAAAUCCUGCAAGAAAGCUAAGCAAGCUUCAACUGGCAUGAAAAGGUACAAAAGAGUCCAAGAAAGGGAAAAGAAUCGUAUAAAGCACCAAGUUGCCAGGUCUCUGAUAGAGUUAUCAAGCACAAAUGAGCCAGAGUUUGUUGCCACACCAUUGCCUGCAGAUGUUUUUUGA